AUGCAGCUGCCUAGUAUUGAAGUAGAGGAUGGGGGUGAUCUUUUUGGCAAGUUUGAUUCCUAUGGAGGUGGUCGAAUGGGUAGUUCAGGGUUUGGCCGCAGUGGACCUAGCCGUUUUGGUUCUAGUCGUGGUGGAUUUGGCAAUUCAGGAGGGGGUUUCGGUAGUUCUUCUGGAAGGAUGGGUGGCUUUGGCCCAUCUAGUGGCUCUGGUUUUGGCCGCUCCGGGGGCUACGGUGAUUCUGAUUUGGGAUCUGGUCGCUCUGGUGGUUUUGGUGGAUCUGGUUCAGCCUUCGGAAGAUCUGGCAGUAUUGGUGACUCAAAUUCAGGCCGCUCUGGCGGUUUUGGCAACUCGGGUUCAGGACCGUCUGUUGGUUUUGGACGGUCGAGUGGCGGUUUUGGUGAUUCAAGUUCAGGUCGCUCUGGUGGUUUUGGCAACUCGGGUUCAGGACAGUCCGGCGGCUUUGGACGGUCGAGUGGCUUUGGCAACCAGGAUAUAGGGUGGUCUGGUGGUUUUGGGAACAGGAGUUCACGUCAGUUUGGCAGCUUAGGUGACUCCGGCCAUAAUUGCAGUGCAGAUGAUUCUGGCAAUGCGGAAGUAGUUCUUGGAAGCACAAUGGAAAUUUGAAUAAUAGCCUGCCAUGACCAAUGAGUUUUUACCAUGUAAUUCAGAUAUAAGGUUAGUGUUCCUUUUUUAUCUGGUAUUAUUUUAUAUGGUG